CAGGAGUUGAGAGUUCCAGUUCCUGGGCAGGUUCUCCAGUACUUGGUAUUGUCAUCUGGCAUCUUCUGGCCGUGCACUUUCCUACCUCCAGUCUAGUUAUUUGAAAACCUCCAGCUUCACCUUCCAUCUAGACUCCAGGGCCUGGCAGAGCUUCUGGCUCAGACGAGACCUCCAUGGAUCCACCCCAGAAAUGUAAUCCAGGGUUGACUUCCGGGUCUUCCCAGAUGGCCACUGGGGAGACCUCGCAGGAGGGGCCCGCAGCCCCUCAGCCUUCCUCCACAGGCCAGCUAGUGAUGGUUUUCAGUGACCUGAGCAUCAGUGCUGGCUCCAGCCCCCCUGUGCCUCUGCGAGAGGGACUGUUCCAGCAGCAGUACAGGGAAGAGAAGACUGUGCCGGAGCAGCAGUGGGAAAGGCUGGGGUUCCCUCAGAGGAAGAAAGCAUUCCUGGGGCACCUGAGACGCAGGCACCGUGACCACAUGGCACCUUACCCAGUCUCUUUCCUAGGCCAUAGAGCUCAGAAUCAAUUCAGAUGCCAGUGUCGAUACUGCCAGGCCCACACGGCAAAUAUUUCUGCGGUCACUGGGGAGAGGAAUGGGGCCGUCAAUCCCUCCUCCUGGGAUACCCUCGUGCAGGAUCUCAGUGGCUUGACCCUCAGCCUGGGCACCAACCAGCCUGGCCUUCAGCCAGGCGGGGCGCAGCAGCAGCAGCAGCAGGAGCCAGAGGAGGAGUGCCAGCUGGAGAGGCAGCAGGAAAGCAAGAGCAUGUUCCAGAGGCUGCUCAAGCAGUGGUUGGAAGAGAACUGAGAUGCUCAUCCUCGUGGGGCAAAGACCCUUAGGCAUUCAGACAGUGCUGUGCUGCCAGCUUCGGGGAGUUGGGCUUCUUUUGCAGACCAAGCAGUCGCUAUUGGGAGAGGAGUCCCGAGACCUGCGUCCUCAUCUUUUCUGCCUGUCAUUUGUGGAACACUGAGAGGCAUUGGGGGCAGAGGAGACUGCGCACCAGUGUUCCCCACCUCCUCUCACCUGCCGCCCGCGCUGCACAUUGUCAGUUUCCCAGCCUAGAUCUCCGUCUUUGCUCCUUAACUUGUUGUCAGGAGGACAUAAGAUGUCUGUGUGGCGUGAAUGCCUUGCUGAUGUCCACGUGCUUUUGUACCAUUUUAUCGACUGCCGCCCGGGAGCAGAGCUAGGUCUGCUUGAAACGGCAGUGCUGGACUCUGAGAAGCAGAUGCAAACACCUGCUGCCAAAAAAGUGUGGGAAAGGGAUGUAGAAUUAGAACUUGAUGCUUCAGCAUUGUGCCAUGAGUGUAAACUCUUACGACUGUGAUGCGCUGCCUGUAUGUGUUGCCCUGCUCCUUAGCAAUCGAGUAGUAUUCUCCCAUGCAAGACUGUAGCCUGGGUGCCUCAUCGCUAAUACCAAAUAAACGUGUAUGAAAGGAAAGUA